AACCAAGUAGUCUGCGAGCCCCGAUGUUGUUACUGAUUGCUAUUUUCUGCAGUGCGCUUACGGCGCAUUUUGACUUAACGCUCGCCAGAAAAUGUGAAAGAAUUGACACUUCAGUUCUACCAGCCUGCACAAAAGCAGGCUACAGUUUCACGGCGAAUUUUUCCAACGUUGGACAACAGAGAUAUCAAGAGUUCGUGUCGUCGGAACUCAAUUUUUUUGCGAAACACUUCAAAAGUUGUUCGUCGCAUUCAGAAGCUUUUAUGUGUGCACGUUAUGUUCCAAAAUGUUCUGACAGUGUCGCCAAAGGACUUGUAUUGCCUUGCAGAGAAGUUUGCGAUCAAUUUGUCGACGAUUGCGAAACAGCGUUAAGGGAACGUGCUCUGUAUAAUCGCUAUGUUGCCUACUGUGGGCUUUUAAAUUCAACGCAAUGUUUUAAACCCAAAGGAUUCAUUCCCCGGGCAAACAUGACGAGAGGUAAGUUUGAACUAACUACUCAGAGCAUUUUUCAUGGCAUCCACAUAACAAGGUCAAGCAAAAAUUUUAGAAUGUAAUAUUCUAUUUUCUGAUAUUUCUAUAAAUAGGAAUUUUAAUCGAGAAUAUGCGUUUAUGCUAGGGCAUUUUAGCCUUUUCAAAUUUGUGUUUAUAUCAAACCUUAUUUAUUUAGAAUAUAGACUGUAUUACCUAGUGAAGAGAAAAAAGAUCUGACUUUAAUCCUUUUUAGUUGGAAAAGUUUGAUAACCGCCUUUUCUUUUUUUUGACAACAAGGCUCUGACCAAAUUUAUUUCGCGACGAAGGCCUUUCGAACGAAAUACAUAUUCACUCGACUUCGUGAAAAACCAAGUAUCGUGGGAAAGUUCUUCCUAAGCUGAGGGAAUUCUUCCUUUUUCAGGAUGAUAGAUAAUGGUCGUCUUGAUCCGGCUCUAAGGGAAGUGGUUAGAAAACAAUAGGAUACUCUCAAAAUCAAGUUUCCCAAUAACCACUCAGUUCAAACUUAAUUAAUGGAAGAGACAGUCAAUUCUUCAACUAUUUUAAGAAAGUUAGUUUUCUCUUAUCGUUCACUGUCUUGGAAAACAACUUUUCUGUGACAGCAUUUUUUCUACCAUUACUUGAUUUUCGAAAAGGCGCCAAACAUGUACUCUUCCGCCUUUAGGAAUUAAGUCGCGCGACACAGCGUGUUAAACUUGCUUGUUAACACGGCCAAUAUUCCGAAUAUUAAGUAAAUAAAAAAACAUUAUUUUCAAUUAAAAUCAUUCAGUCUUUGUUAUCUCCAGAGAAACAAUUACAAAAUUAGCUUUAUUCAAUGCAUUUGUAAAUUAGUAAAUUACAUCACGUUUGUCUUUAAAAGAAUUGCUCAGGGUCGAAAAACUGGAACCCCCACGCAUUUAUAUUAGACACAGGAGUUAUGGUAACUUUUGUCUUUGAGAAAUUUGUACGCGUAUGGUAUAUAUAUUAGCUUCUCGAUGUUUCACUCAUAGCAACCAACUCAAACAGAAAAUAAAAGUAAGCAAAUAUAUACUACAAUUAAUAAUGAAACUUCGGCUAAAUAUCUAAAUAUCCGUUUUUCAGCGAUCACUGAAACAACUCCUGUGGAUUAGAACAAUGCCCAUCAUUGCUAUAAAUAUUUUUUCGGUAUUUUUUCGACUAUGACACUGCGAGGAAGUACUUAACUGGAGACACUAUAGACCAUAGGUUUCAAACGCGGGCUGACUGAUACGAUUAUCAUGUGAAUCUAAUCUUUCUUUGGAAAUAUGUCCAGACACAAUACUGGUUAUAUUAAGUCAGCAGUUUUAUAGAAAACGUGUGGUGAACGGAACCUUUUUAGAAAGUAGGCGAGAAGCCUGCCAAAAUAAUUUCCUUUUUCUCAGUGACGCACAGAAAUUUCCGCAUAUCACAGUUAAAAAAUACAUAAACAUAUAAAAAAUUAGAACAGCCUUGGGAAGCGACACAUUUUUGUUCGCGCUUUCUCUCUUGGUUUACUCAGGAAAGUCAGUUUAAAAAUAGGAAAUGCCAAGGAUUAGGAGGUUUCAUCCGAUGCUUGUUUUAAGAAUUCAGAAGGUAAAGUAGAACAAAAUGGAAAGAAAAGUAAAGCGACUUCAAAUAAUGAUAAUUGGUUAGUAGUUUUCUUGCCGUUUUGUAAUAUGAAGAAUAAAUUAAUAUGCAUUGUGUAUUUGCUUUUUGUCUACAUAAACAGACGACAAAAUGAGGACGAAUAUAAAUGUUACUUCAUCCUUCAUAUGUCUUGCCAUGAAUCAAGGUAGCGGGUGUUCUUGAAAAAAUCGGUUCAGUAACAAAUACAGAAGUAGUUUGAAGGGAAUGGAAACUCACAAAAGGCAAAAAUGAAAGAUAUUUUAUUUCCGACCAAAGCUAGCCAGGAACAAUUUCGUGCGUUCACAAUCCUUUCGCAUGCAGUCGAUACUGAGAAAGGAAGGUGAGAACAACCUAAAGACCCAUUGACUUAGCCAUUCGGAAUGGCUUACGGCGCAAACACCCUGUUCGGGCUUGAUUGUAGCUGACAAUUUGGUAAAAUGACAGCUUACUGCCACAAAAUAACUUGCCUAUAACUGACGCUUGGUCAAGGUAUAUUCCCACGACAUAACUAACAACAGCAAGCUGUGCUCCUAACCUAAAUGGGAAAGUUUAGCUGAUAGUAAUAGACAACUUCUAAAUGAUACACCACCCCUUAGAAAGGGCUUGUUGCAUUGAUAUAAAUACAUUGACAUGAAGCAAAAGCCGUGCGUAACGAUGAUCCUGUUAGUUCGGAAUUUGAUCAGACUACUGAUAUCCAAAUAUAAUAUAUUAGACGAAAAAAUACGGCAGAAUUAAUCGGCGCACACACCUUACACGCACAUUUCAGUGGUAACUUUCCAUAAAAAUUUUCAAAGUUCGACAUGCCCGCAGCUAGCUAACAGCAUGCGUCCAGAACGUCACACAGCGAAUUACAAAAAAUUUAUAAGUUAAGACGAAAAAAGUAGGAAAGAACGGCAAAAAUGAAAGUCAUUAUAUUGAUAAAACAACGUACAAAAUUGGAAACAACUUUUCGGCUAUACUAGCGAAACAAGUCCUCUUCAGGUUGAGAUGUUACCAAACACAAUCGUAAAAUGUUCAAAUUAUGUCAAUAGGGAAUGUCUCAAGUAACAGUAAUUUAAUUCUAAAGAUAGCAAAUACAGAUUACUUUUUGUCACGUUUGUAUACUUCAGUACGAGUUAGGAUUCUAGCUUUGUAGGUAAGAUGUGUCUUUUAUAUGAUAAUGACUCAUUAUAAUGGUUAGGAACUUUGGGAUCUCAAUGGAAAUCGUAUGAUUUCUAAGGCGUGGCCAGUUUCCUUUCGUUUCUUGACCAAGUAAUGGUGAAGUGAUUUGUCACCUUUUAAGAUUGUGGACGAAAUGCAGAAGAAAACUUUUGCACGUACUCUAUGUUUCUUAGGAUUCUGCAUCUUUUACAUUGGCAACUCUAAGAAAUGAAAGGGUUAGUGAGCGCAUGCUGAGAACCACUAGAAAUUUCUACUGAAUUCAUUUUUGCUGACUAAUACUGACUGUGUUGUUACCACAGAUCGCUCACUACCAAGUUGUGAGGCAGUAACCAAGCCCGCUUGCGUAACCAGCAAUCUCAGCGGCCUGGGAAAUGAGACCAAAGCCCGGCUCCAGAACUUGAUCAACAGGCUAGCCCCAGUCUCAAACAGUUCUUGUUCAUCGGACUUAACUAGACUAGCCUGCUUUCUCCAAACGGGACCGUGUGUUACCAAUAAAGGCCACACCCUAGACACGUGCCAAUCACUGCGUAAGGAAGUCAGAGAUAGCUGUAAAGACGAAUUGCAGAGAUACAACAUCUCCCUCCCUUUGUACGUUCCAAACUACCCUGAAGUGAGCGCUGGUGAUGGUUUGUGUUACCUGUCACGUUGGCCUGUUCCGAGGCCCAAAUCAGGUUUGUUUGUUUAUGAUCCGUCGACAACUAAAUUUUCGCUCCCCCAAAAUUGAAGCACCGAUUUUAUGGCAGGUGCAACUGAGGGUGUAAAGACAAGGUUAUAAGGGUUUUAGUUACUGGAUCUUUAGGUACACCAACAAAUCACCAAAAACCGAAAACCCGAAACUCCGAAGUGAGGCUCACGUUGUUCAAAAGUCAAUAAGCAAAUUCUUUCACUGUUCUCCAUGCAUUUCGAGGCAAUUACAGGCAAGGCGGAACCGGGGCGGCUUUAUCGCCAACACUUUUGCCGAGAAAAAAUUAAAUAUAAGACCUUAGCCAACCAAUAGUCAGCCGCUAUUAUUUCACCUUUGUCAAUUAAUUUUUUUGGCGUUGUGAUUGGUCUUCGUAUUGUUUGCGAAAGCUCUUCACUCAACUGUGAGGCAAAAUAAAUUCUUUCUUAAAAAGUGUGAAUUCAAAUAUGUGUAAAUAUCAGUAAGCCUUUCAUCCCUAACAGGGACAAUAUCAUCACUGCAGCCAAAACAACAUUUUUCUCGAUGUUUUUAAAGGUUGCAAGCCGCAGAAACGGGCUGAUCGGUUCAUGGAAUUGUUGAAAAUGUUUGAAUUAAAGAUUCUGGGUUAUUACCUCUUCUUCCUCCUCUGAUACUUGCCGAGCUUUGUUUGGGCGCUUACCACGGCCAGCCAGCUGUUUCGCUUUGUCCUCCAACACCAGUUUGGACGAACUAAAUUCUCGGUCACGUACAAUGGACAGGGUGCAGCCUUUGUCUAUCAAGCGAUGCAAUCAUUACUUAAAGGCUUUCUGGUUCAUAAUCUUCACCUUUUUUAUUGUUUACUUCGGCGUUUAAAAGUUAGAGCAAAGUGUUACGCUCAGCCAGCUCAUAAUUUUCUAUUUGAGUACUAACAAUGCACGGCAAGAAGAGAGGAUAGUGAAGGUGAUGUAAAGUACAAUAAACGACAAAAAAAGGCGGAAAAAAGGAGUUUGAGGGUCACCAAGGCAGUUCAUUAAUUGCCCAAACUAGUUGUCAUUUCCAAGAGUGGAGGAGAGUGGAGAUUUGUGGUACAUCUUCGCAUAACUAUAUCUACAAACAAGAUUGCUGCAAAUGAUAGAGUAUAACCGUUUUUAAACAGGGGCACCCAACGAGGAUAUAGUUCAAAACCACUGAAACAUAACAUUGUUCAACGCAUUUUAGUAUUUAAACGGUAGUUAUAGGCAUAUUUUUAUCCCCUAAAAACUUUUCAUCUGUUCGGAUUUCUUAGCUGAAAGUCUAGUGAUUCGAAAAUUAUAGGGAUCAAAACUUACCUUUUCGAAAAUUUCAGUCAGGAAAAGGCUCCCGAAAAUUCUAGGUGGCCUUUCUUAGGGUAAAUAUCCGUUUAAAAUGGGUAAUUAUACCAUUCUGUAGAUGUUCGAAAAUCCUAGGAGAGGCAGGCAAGCAAGAAAUUUUACAACAAAUGUUCCGAAAAUUCUAGUUCUCAAAUCGUCUUCCGAACAGAUAUUUUCCCGAAAAUUGCCGUUGGGUGCCCCUGUUUAAAGACUGAACUUGAAGUUUGCUUUCUUUUUUUACAUAUUAGAAAUCAAAAGCAGACAUAAGAGGUUACAGUGCCUAUGCACUACAUGUGAAAACAAGACAUGCACGACGGAUGGCUCAUGCCUUAUCUAUCGCAACCCAGAAGAUGGGAAACAUGUCAAAAGAUGCAUUGUUGAUGGUGAGGAUAGAGAUUUGAUUUGCAGCAAUGUUCUGCCACACAAAGAGGACGUUAGAUGCUGCGAAACAGACUUCUGCAAUCGUAGACUCGUACCUGGUAAGAUAUCAGCGUGUUAACUUGAUGGUUUUUUUUUUGGCGUUUUCGUCGUCGAGGUGGUUGCGCUGAGCUCGCUAGUAGCAUUACCACGCAAAACAAUUUUUGGUGCAUAACGAUCUUGCCUGAAAAACCGACGCCUGAUUUGAUGGAAAACAUACGUCGAAAUCGGCGUCUGCAGGUAGCCCAUACGGAGGCUCUGUGACCUCUGCGUUUGAAGUCAAUGCCCCAAUAUUUAACAACCGUUAGCACUGCCUGAGUGAAAAGGUUCCAACAAAACCUUCCCUCCAGUUAAAUGCCCAGCCUUUUAUGAAAUGCAAAUUAUUUUCCAAUGCAGAUGUAAUAAGCCCCAGCGUAUGUAAGAGGCCUUUGGUAAAAAUAAUAAGGGCCGGGCUUAUCAUCGGAGUUUUAUGCGGUAAUUUGGAGAUUCAAUCAUCCCACCCUACAUAAGAUACAAAUUGGUUAUAAACCGCUUUUAAGGUUGGAUUUAAAGCAGAGACAUUUCAAAAGCAUCAGCUGCUUAUAGAUUGUUUCAAACCCACAAUUGUAGGUCAUGAAUUGAUAAAUAAUGUAACGACGAAAUGUUUAAAGAUCUCCCAUGAAAAGUAGCAAAACCAGUUGUUAGAAAGAGCUUUCUAGAAAACUUUAAUUGAGUUCUCUUAUGAGAUGGUAACCGAUCAUUUCGCCCCCAGGUCUUUUCGUCCCGGUUACUUAGCCCCAUAUUUUCGAGUCAUUUAAAUAUGCAAUAUAUCUCGUUCUUUUAGCGAUGUUAAAGGUUACUUAGGGGGCUGAGUAACCGGGGCGCCGGAAAUGACCGUAAAGCCAUAAGAUUACAUCACCGGACCCCCUCAAUAACAUUAAAUUCUUUGUUACACAUUAACAGAGAACAGAGAGAAAGGCAGAGUGAAGAAGAAAAAGAAAAACCCUCCAGGUAUAAAAAAAUUAAUGUUAUGAACAAAACAUGAAACAGUGGCAUUAUUAGUAAUAGAUGGGUUGGCCCCUAGGGCGGGCGGGUACUAAACAGAGUUUUAUACGGGGAGCCUCGUACCCCUUUAUAUACCAUCUUUUUUUAAAAAGGUACCUCUUUCAUAUAACAAAUGGUAUCCCUUUCACAUAUAUCUAGUUUUGACCUUUGCAGCCCCUUCAACUGCUGAAAACGCACUGUCCUAAAUAUUAAUAAAUCACAAAACCAGAAGGUUUUCUCGAAUUUUUCAUAGCCACAAAAUGCAUCUGACAGAUUUUGCUACCCUUUCAUAUACCUCAACUAGUGCAAUCCCUACCCUUCUAUGUACCUGAAGGCUGAAAAAGGUACCCCUUUCGGGCGGAGCCUCCCCAUAAUAGGCCAAUAGGGAGAAGGUCCCCCACCCCGGUGCCCCCCGCCCCGAGGGUUGGCGAAUAGGUCAUUUUCGAGUUGCACCAAUCCUCUGUUUCCAAGCGAGGGAAAGUGAAAAGCUACUGAUAUGAAAAUGAAUUUUAAUUCCUACGCAAAUAAAACUCUUUUCACCGGAAAGGCUUUGCACUUAGCCGCGUUUUGAAAGGGAGAGUUUUUGGAACUCGGAAAUCAUCAUCAUCAUCAUCACUAGCUAAAUGCAUAUGUACUUUCAAAUUCUAGAAUAAUACAAAGUAUUGAAUUAACUCUUAAAAUAUUACAAAUUGCAAUAAUGUAAUGUAGGAGAGAUAAAUAGAAAAAUCAAAUUAAAUUAAAGCUUUUUUUCCACGAAUGCCGUGUUCGAGUUAGAAGUUAACAGGUUUCGAAAGCGAGUCGAAGAUUUUGCUUGUCUCAUAUCAGAGGGUAAAUUGUUCCAAAGAACAGCCCCACUGUAGCAGAAACUAUUUCUACAGUAAUUGGUUCAUAACAAGGGAACAGCAAGCUUAUUUUUUGUGCGCAAUUAGGAAAAUACACUCAUAAUUACGGGCACACAGAGCGAAAACAAGCACAGCAGCGCCCAUCUUUUUAUUGCAGUUUUAAUAUGUGGCCAACAAUUGUGCUAAGUUUGAAAAAAAUCUGGUUAAAUGAUUAACUUUAUUAUUUCUUUCCUAGGCGUUACCACCACGCCAACACCUUCAGUCAAGAAAUCAGAAAAGAAAUUUGGCAUUUCCAGCGGAAUACUGGCAACAGCAGUUGUGGGAUCCUUACUCAUUGUCACUUUAGUAACAUUUUUAUUAUACCGCACAAUAAAAAAGCUAAGAGACAAUUCAAGAGCACGACAAAGGAGAAACAGCGGAAAUUAUGUCCAUAGAUCAAACAUAUCAUCCAAUGGGAGAGCUGUAACCAUUGGAGACAACAACAAAGGGUUUGAACACGCAAACGAGGUUCACAAUGGAAUUGCUCUUUAUUAACUCUUAGAGGAGUUCAAAGUGAGAAUUCCCCCCAAAAAUCGAAAUUUCUUUUCGUAAUAUCAAAGGAAAUAAAUCCUACCACGCAAAAGAUCUAUCGAAGAGGUUUCAUUUAAAUGGUAACACCAGGAUUUCAUCAACAGAUUGACAAGUUAGAAUAGGAAAGCCAAACCCAUGGCGCCAUGUAGAACGCAAUAAGAGUGAACUAACUACAUCACAGCAAGAUUCUAAGUGCCUUUCUAUGAUUGACUCCAGCUGGACGUUGAUGGGUUAACAACCCAUAUGUGACUUUUUACGGGGAAAAAUUAGGCUUAGUUAUAUGUCAAGAAAAAAGGUUACACUUCGAGUCCCAAUAUCCACAUACACAUUCUCAAGACUGAUCACCAUACAUUUCCUUAAGGAAUUAGUUAAGAGACUUCGACAAAAGAUCAAAAGCAUUUGCCCUUUGGUGAUCAUUUCGUUAUUUCUCAUAACGUUCACUCUUGAUUGUGUAUUGAAAUUAUUAGAAUAAAAUUGAUGUUGGGCAUGGAAAAUUGUGCAAAAAACCCUCAAACGCAACCUUUUAAAUUUUUCUCAGGCUUGAUAAAGCUCUUCUGUCUUAGAACAACUAAAGAACGUGAAAUGAACUGGAAAUAUGCAAGAACAAUCAGUUCUCAAUUUGCAGAUCGUGAGGUUAAUUAGAUAUUUAUUUUGUACAUUAUGUACUGGUACAUGUGUACACGGGAUCUUUGUAAUUUUAUAAAUAUGAAUUUACA